GUUAUGUGAGGAAUACAGUAUAUGCUUAAGGUUAUAGGACACUGAAUACACCUUUGUAGCUGGAAGGUUGCUGAUUUUUGGAGUAACACUUACUUUGGAGCAUGCUUGGAAUAACAGAUUUGUUUGUAAAUGCAUCAUAAACAGACAGCCCAGAAUGAAGAAAGCAAGCAGGAGUGUUGGCUCAGUGCCCAAAGUGCCUGGAGUAAAUAAAGCUCAAACAAGUGAAAAAGCCAAACCAGAAAACGGCUCCUCAGUGUCUGCAGUAACAAAACUCUCCAAAACCGGGACAUCAGCAGCUCUUUUGAAGACUAAGAGUAACGAUGACCUCUUAGCGGGGAUGGCUGGUGGCGGUGGAGUGACAAUGACCAACGGUGUCAAGGCCAAGAAGAACUCUUGUGUAUCAACAGCAUCUUCAGCUCCAGGGACAACCAUGAACAGUCUGGAAAACAAACCCAAACCUAUUGCAGGUACAAGCUCCACAGCUAAACGUAGCACUUCAUCUGGAAAUAAAGAGUCAAGCUCUUCCAGAGAGAGGAUCCGGGAUCGUUCUCGUUUGAGCCAGAGCAAGAAGCUGCCUCUGGCGGGACAGGGCCCCAGCGACGCGGUGCUGGCAAAGCGCUCCCGCAGCCGCACCAAUCCCGAAUCCGAUAUCCGCAUGAGCAAGUCCAAGUCAGACAAUCAGAUCAGUGACAAAGCUGCACUGGAAGCGAAGGUGAAUGAUCUUCUGACAUUAGCAAAAACUAAAGAUGUGGAAAUCUUGCAUCUGAGAAAUGAAUUAAGGGACAUGCGUGCUCAGCUGGGACUCAACGAAGAUCAUCUUGAGGGGGAUGAAAAGUCUGAAGAGAAAGAAGCCAUUGUUGUCCAUCAGCCAACUGAUGUAGAGUCUACACUGCUCCAGUUACAGGAACAAAACACUGCCAUCCGAGAAGAGCUCAACCAGCUGAAGAAUGAGAAUCGAAUGUUAAAAGACAGACUGAAUGCUUUGGGCUUUUCUUUGGAACAAAGGCUGGACAACUCUGAAAAGCUCUUUGGCUAUCAGUCUUUGAGUCCAGAGAUUACAGCUGGCAGCCACAGCGAUGGUGGGGGCACUCUGACAUCUUCAGUGGAAGGUUCUGCUCCUGGAUCGAUGGAAGACUUGUUAAGUCAGGAUGAAAACACUCUCAUGGACAACCAACACAGUAAUUCCAUGGAUAAUUUGGACAGCGAGUGCAGUGAAGUUUACCAGCCACUGACAUCAAGCGAUGAUGCCUUAGAUGCUCCAUCGUCUUCGGAAUCUGAAGGAGUACCAAGUAUAGAAAGGUCUAGGAAGGGAAGCAGUGGCAAUGCAAGUGAGGUAUCCGUAGCUUGCUUGACAGAACGCAUCCAUCAGAUGGAAGAGAAUCAACACAGUACAGCUGAAGAGCUCCAAGCCACGCUUCAAGAGCUUGCAGAUCUGCAACAAAUAACCCAAGAGCUGAACAGCGAGAAUGAAAGGCUUGGAGAGGAAAAGGUAAUCCUGAUGGAGUCUUUGUGCCAGCAAAGUGACAAGCUGGAACACUUCAGCCGUCAGAUCGAGUAUUUCCGGUCCCUUUUGGAUGAACACCAUAUCUCCUAUGUAAUUGAUGAGGACAUGAAGAGCGGGCGCUACAUGGAGCUGGAGCAGCGUUACAUGGAGCUGGCAGAGAACGCUCGCUUUGAGCGGGAGCAGCUGCUGGGGGUUCAGCAGCACUUGAGCAACACUUUGAAGAUGGCAGAACAAGACAACAAGGAGGCCCAAGAAAUGAUAGGGGCAUUAAAAGAAAGGAAUCACCACAUGGAACGGAUUAUUGAGUCAGAGCAGAAAAGCAAAACGGCUCUGGCAUCUACCUUAGAGGAGUACAAGGCCACAGUAGCCAGUGACCAGAUUGAGAUGAACAGGCUGAAAGCUCAGCUAGAGCACGAAAAGCAGCGAGUGGCCGAGUUGUAUUCUAUACACAACUCUGGAGAUAAAUCAGAUAUACAAGACCUGCUGGAGAGCGUCAGGCUGGAUAAGGAGAAAGCAGAGACCUUGGCCAGUGGUCUGCAGGAAGAGCUGGCACACACCCGCAACGACGCCAAUCGACUGCAAGAUGCCAUUGCUAAGGUUGAAGAUGAAUAUCGAGUGUUCCAAGAAGAAGCCAAGAAACAAAUUGAGGAUCUCAAUGUGACUCUAGAAAAGCUUCGGACAGAGCUAGAUGAAAAAGAGACUGAGAGGAGUGACAUGAAAGAAACCAUCUUCGAGCUGGAGGAUGAAGUAGAGCAGCACCGUGCUGUGAAGCUUCAUGACAAUCUUAUCAUAUCUGAUUUGGAGAAUACAGUUAAAAAACUUCAGGAUCAGAAGCAUGACAUGGAAAGGGAGAUCAAGAAUCUUCACAGGAGACUCCGGGAGGAGUCAGCAGAAUGGCGUCAGUUCCAGGCAGACCUGCAGACUGCAGUGGUCAUCGCCAACGACAUCAAGUCCGAGGCCCAGGAAGAGAUCGGGGACCUGAAGCGCAGAUUGCACGAAGCGCAGGAGAAAAAUGAGAAGCUCACUAAGGAGCUGGAGGAGAUAAAGUCACGCAAGCAGGAAGAAGAACGUGGUCGAGUGUACAAUUACAUGAACGCAGUAGAGAGAGAUUUGGCAGCUCUGAGACAAGGCAUGGGCCUGAGUCGCAGAUCCUCCACCUCCUCAGAGCCAACUCCCACUGUGAAAACGCUCAUCAAGUCCUUUGACAGUGCCUCCUCCCAAGUUCCAAGCCCUGCUGCUGCCACGAUUCCUCGCACUCCCCUGAGCCCAAGUCCCAUGAAAACCCCCCCAGCUGCUGCUGUAUCCCCUAUGCAGAGGCAUUCCAUAAGUGGGCCAAUCUCAGCUUCAAAACCCCUUGCUACGCUGACAGACAAAAGACCAAGCUAUGCAGAAAUUCCUGUUCAAGAGCAUUUGUUGAGAACAUCCUCCACCAGCCGGCCGGCGUCUCUGCCGAGAGUCCCUGCCAUGGAAAGUGCCAAAUCUAUUUCAGUGUCUCGAAGAAGUAGUGAAGAAAUCAAGCGGGACAUCAGUGCACCUGAUGGAGCAUCCCCAGCAUCCCUCAUGGCAAUGGGCACCACCUCACCACAGCUGUCCCUCUCAUCUUCUCCUACAGCAUCAGUCACCCCUACAACCAGAAGCAGAAUAAGGGAAGAGAGGAAAGAUCCCUUGUCUGCCCUGGCAAGAGAAUAUGGAGGCUCCAAGAGGAACGCCCUGCUGAAGUGGUGCCAGAAGAAAACAGAGGGCUACCAGAAUAUUGACAUCACGAACUUCAGCAGCAGCUGGAAUGAUGGCCUGGCUUUCUGUGCAGUUCUCCACACUUAUCUCCCAGCCCAUAUUCCCUAUCAAGAACUGAACAGCCAGGACAAGAGAAGAAAUUUCACUUUGGCUUUUCAGGCAGCUGAAAGUGUUGGCAUCAAAUCUACUCUGGACAUCAAUGAAAUGGUGCGAACUGAGCGUCCAGACUGGCAGAAUGUCAUGCUGUAUGUUACAGCAAUUUACAAAUACUUUGAAACCUGAACCCUAAUCACUCGACAGAUCCAUGGGAUACACGAACGUGAGCUACCAAAUGGAAACCUUACUGAAAUGCUAAUCCCCAUUUCACUGAAAACUGGCAACAUUUGAGACCCCUCAAACUUCAGUGACACUAUCAUGGAUCUCCUCAGAUUGCUUCAGCUACUAAGCAUGGAAACAACUGUUUAAAAGCAAGAACUUGUUGCCACAGUGCUUGGAAUAACCCAAGUUAUUAAGCUAUUCAGAUUAAUUAUGUAGCCUAAAGAGCCUGAACUACUUCUGUGCUGCCUUUCCAGUCAGACUUCCUGAAACUUUCUUUGCUGGGAGAGUGAGAUGAAUGCUUCCUCUGGCAUAUAGGAGACUGAAUGUACAGAUAAAGCUUUGAGAAGGAAAAGGAUUACAUGGCAUCACAUUACUGAACUUUCUGUAGCAUCCUGAUUCCACAGACUCUGAAUAUUCUACCCACAGCAUAUGGCAGCCCAAUACAGUAGAGUUCUUAAUGGUAACUUAGUUACUGCCUAUAUAGCUAUUUUCCAUCCUUUAAAAUGUGCACAAUAUUCUAGGAAAACAAGCUUUGAUUCCAUAAUGACAAAUUGAGGGGGAAAGCGCUCUUGAUACCUCGAAAAAUCUGGCACAGAAGAAGUCGUCAUUCUAAAGCUUCAUUAUAAGCCUACCUCUGUCACAGUGAUGUGGCUUUCAUCUUUAUCUUAUGGAUUGUAAAGACUAGCACAUGCAGCUCCUGGCUUUCAGGGUACACUACACUUCAAGGAAUCUGUGCAAAGUCCCCGUGCUUCCACUCUUAACAGAAAAGCAUCAGUGAUCACCCCUUGCCUGGCUUGUUCUUUGCUCUCUUCCUCCUUUGCCUGUGCAGCACAUGCAGCCACCCCGGGCUCUCCUCUGCAGCAAUACGAGCACGCGCCGUGGACAUCUGCCAUAGAAGUUUGGAACUGGGAUGACAUUUCCUUUGCAGAGAAGAUAUUCUCAAUAAGAUGUAAUGAUGAAGUAGUUUGUAUCAAAAUCCAGCUUUGCCAUGUUUUCUGUGUGCUUUCAUUGGUCUUGCACAUCCUCAUCUAAGUGACAGAAGGUGAGAUGUUCUCUGGGAAGGACUAUGGAGGAACUGAUGUAAUGUGUGUACACCCAGUAGUCUCAAAUAUUGCGUGGAAAUGACUCACUGUCACAAGGAAGGAAUUGAGAAACUUUAGUCUGCUCAACUUCUUUUUUUUUUUUUUUUUUUUUUCCUGAAAAUGUACCUGAAUUCAUUUAGCAGCUCUUGGGCAAAAGAGUUUAAGUGCCUUAGCGAUCACUGAGUUGAUCUGUCCUGGCACUUCAGGGCCUGGUGUGGAAUGUUAAUGGCUCCCAACAGUUUCAUGGCUCCAUUUGUCACGAGGUGUUUGUUGUAAUCUUGUUUGUCAAAUCAAGGGGAGACUUCACUCUGUCAUUGCUUCUGCCUCUUGCUUUUCUGAACACUUCCCAGCAGUUCAGCCACGGAACAUCUCAUUAAUAUUAAGCAGAAGCCAACUUGAGCAGUGAGUUCUGUAACAGCUGCUAUUUAUAAGCACAGGCUCUUUCAGCAGCAACCCCAUUGUAAAGAAAAUAAAUCUGUUCCAUGGUGCUCUUACGACUGUUAAGGACAGUUUGAAUGUCAUAGAUGUUAACUCAGUGAAUGCAACUGUGCUUGGCAUCUGUGAAACUUCUUCAUGGUAUAAAAGCACAGAUUUAACUCGAAACUAUUGCCAAAUCCAAAAGCCCAUCAUCUGAAGAACAUAGCUCACGUGAAGAGUAAUAAUUCAGCAUGUCUCUAGCAUUGUAUAAGAAUACACAUUCACAUUCACACUGAUAUGUGCCUGUGAGAAUUAUGGAACUUUGCAAAAUAACUACUUAACCUGUGCUGAGGGCCUUUGGAGAAGUUUUCAGAGCAGCAGUGUCUCAAACAUUCUUACAGCUCUUUAGAACUAGAAGUAGAGACCCUCAGAUUAUUAAUUGGUGCAUUUGAAGAGCCAGCAUAAUCUAAAGACAAUUGUUGCAAGAGAGGUUUCAACUGAAAGAUCUUCAUCAAUAGAUUUUAAUAAAAGUCUGAAAUGCAUUUUCCUCUCCUCUAUAUUUCUUCAAAAAAGUUUUUUUUUAAUUCAUUGGUUUCAAUAAGAAUAGUCUUAGUGGAAAUACACAUUACAGAAAUACACAUUACUGCUGUCUUGCUUUCUAUCUCCUAUUAUUAAAUUCCAGAUUUUGCCAAUCAGUGUUUAAAACCCCUUCUGUUUAUCCUCUGAACAGAUAUCCUUAUCUAUGAUUGUCUUAUUCAUUGCCUUAGAGUUAAAAAAAUAUUUUUCUAAUGAAAAGGAUAGCAUUUCUUGACCUAAAUUCACAUGUUUUGGUGAGGUAAUUUGAGCUUUGGGCUAAUUUUUCUUCCUUUCCAAUGGUCGUUUCAUUUACCUGGAGUGUUGUCAGAGUCCUUAAAUGCAAUAAUCCUGAGAGUGUAACCAUUUGUCAAAUGAGACAUCACGUUUGCCAGAUUCUUUCUGUUAAAGAAACCUGAGCAGUAAUAAUAGAAGGGAUCUUGUUAUGAACUUCAGAGAUCUGUAAACUUCUUCUUGGUGUGAUCUGUCUGGUAAAACUCUGUGAAUCCAGCCCAGGAACCCUGGGCUUCAUGAAGAGUUUGUGUCCUGAUGUAUGUGAGCCUUUCAUGUGAGGUGCUGCCGAGCGGAAGGAAUGGAGCAAUGGAAGAUCUAAAGCAAGCACAAGGCCCUGCUGCACUCUACAAAGUGCUUUUUUCUGAAGGUUCAAACCACAUUCAGUUGUCCAAGAGGAAAAAUAGCAGCAGCCCUUCUGGAUGUGGAAUGAAUACCCUGUUGUGUUUGGUUUCUGCUCAUAGCUAAUCCUGAAGCACCUUGGGUUUUUGUUCGUGUGAAGUGCGAGUUGAUGCCGAUUUACUUUCCUUUUAGUCCAGAAGCUAUUUCUGAAUGUACUGAAAAUGUGUUGUCAUCCAUUUAUGUUUGACUAUGUGCCUUGCCAAUGCCUGUGCUGUAGCAGGGUUGCUCGUGGCCAGCUGUAGGGUGGAGCUGUGGGACAUCCUGGUGCAGGUACAGCUGUGUCAUCCUCUGGGUGGAAACACUUCCACAGGUGUUACACUUGAUUUGGUUUUGUUUUGUCCGGUUUGGUUUGGCUGUUUGUUUAAACAGAAACACUAAUUCAGUAUCUCCGGUGUGAAUCUCUGGCCCUCACAAAAAAACUCUGAAAAGCUGAGUGAAAUUUCCAUUUUUAAAUUGGUGUUUGUGCAUAGUUGAUGCAGAAUAUAGUUCAUAAUUAUGACAUAUUCUGAUUUAGAGGUAGAUUUUUUUGUCUCUUUUGUAUAAAAUAUAUUCUCUGAGUUACAUGUAAUGUUUCUGCUAUUUUUUUGUCUCAAUUUUAUGAAAUAUUUCUACUGUUUGUAUUUUUCUCUAAAGUCUAUCAUCGUGUCUUAGAAGGCCCUUAAUUUGCCAGAGCUAAAUUAUCUCUGCUUUAAUUUAUCAGUGUAAAUUCCUGUUAAUGUCCCUGGCAGCACUGGUGCUCUGGUUUUAGGUGCAUGAGGAGGAUAAAUCGGAUCCCUCCUGUAGUGGUGCAGUACAGUGGUUUAAGCUGCUGAGGAUCUGCCUUGAGAAUUGUGGAGCUGUGGCAUUGGAGACUCAUUUCUCUUACUGAUCACAGUGUUAAGUUCUUAGCUAUUUUUUCAGUUUCAACACUCCAGACAUUUGGGUUCUCUUGCAUCACCAGAAGAUUACUUUCACUCAGUUCUAUUUCUGUACAGAUUUGGCCCAGGGCACAAUUUUUAUUCCAGCCUAGUUUUAACCAAGAUUAUUUGGCAAGAUGGAGAUUUGGAGAACUUGUGGGUGUUUUCCUUCCUGCCUGUUCCUGGUCUGGGGACAGUUCCUGGUGUUCAGGUGGCGUGUGACAGUUCCUUCCAAAGGCUGAAGUGAUGCAGUUACACCUUUAAACUGUGUUCCUGUGGCUCCUUUGGUGACUUCACUUCUUGUUUGCCUCUUGCAACUGACACAGCCCCAAGCAGGAGCUCCUAAGGGGCAAAAUUCUUCUAGGAAGGAAUCCAGUUGUACACCUUCAUGCUACUUUUUGCCUAUUGUGACUAAUGCUGGGGUGGUCUAGAAAGAGGACCUCAAAACAGUCAUGCUCAUGUCUGGGCUGCGUUAACUGUAGGGUUUGUUUGUGGUCCUUCCUGACUCGGUAAAUAUUUAUUUCUGUUUGAUUUUUAUCUUCUGCUGAGCUCUAUUUCUGCAAUUCCUUUCUUUAAGCUACCAUUAGUGUAUCCCUUUCUUUAAGCUAAUAUUAACCAGUUUGAGAAAUUACUUGGUGAGAAGUGCUAUUAAAAUGUCUUCAUCACCCAGGAGGACUGGACAUGCCAUUGUGCUUUCCCAAGUUUGUGUUGACUGGCAAAACACUGGCAUCUCUUUAAUACAUUUAAUUGUCCUAUUUAGCAAGAUAUCUUUAAUAGUGUUUCUGCUUUCACAGGAGAGUGGCUGAAUGGGUUUUAAAUUACUGUGUGGCUUGCUGUGUCCCUCCUUCAGCUAGAAUUCUUCUGUUGUGUUCCCUGAUUUUAGAAUCAGUCUUGUAGUACACCCUAUAAUUAUCUAACCCAAGACAUUAAGCAUCUGGAAUAUGUAGCAAGUAUGCUGUGGAUAAUUAAUGCUAAAUAACUUUAAAGGUCGAGGUUUGUACAGUGCUGAUUUCUUUUUUUUGUUGUGAGCCUUUUUUUCCUUAUGUUUUUGCUACACUUACCAGUUGUUUGGAUGCAACACCCUUGAACUCGGUUUGACAAAGCCACUGUCCUGAUCUCCUUGAGCUGAUUCAUUCUGGGAUCUUAGAAUUAUUUCCUCCCAAUGGAACCUUAGUAAAACCUACGAGUACCAGAUGAUUUCUUCCAACUGACGUUAGCUUUUGCUUGGAAUAUUCCUUACCUGAAGGUCACAGUCUGCCUCAGAGUCACACAGAAAGUUCCCAGCAGGACUUGGGGAUGCAGUAGGGUAAACUUCUGGCAGAACAUUACAGCAGCCUGAUGCAAUUAAGCUGGUGUCAUUUUAAUCCCCUAUUUUCAGGGGGUUUCAGUUUAGGCAAAAUCAUUUACUGAGAGCCGAAAUGUGGCCUGUUAGUUCUCCACUGGGAAGUAUGCUUCUGUUUAAUAAUAUUUUUAUGAGAUUGUAUUUAUGGAAAUGGAAAGGAAAAACGUCAUAAAGCUAGUUUUGUUGCACUUUUCUAAGGCUUUUGUAUUUUGCAUAGUUCUAGAAUAUGAGGAAGUUGCUGGGGGAAGUCAAGGCUCGGAACCUGCUCUGCCCCAGCAUAGCAAUGUAUGAUGUGCAUUUUCAGCCUAGUGUUAUUUUAACUGCAUGUAACUGGUGUAUUUAUGUGGCAGUGAGGGAGCCCAGCAGACAUUUCUUGCUGCACAGGAGCCGUUGGCAGUCCUGGUUCCACAGUUCAUGGAAUGACCUGUUCUGACUCUGGACUGCACUUGCAAUAAUGGAAUAAUCCAGUUUUGAUUCGGAACUCUUUCAACAAGUGGGGAAAAAGGGGCUCUUCUUGACUUUUUUUUUUUUUUUUUGGUGGUGGUGGUGUUUUUCUGUUUGGUUGGGUCUUUUUGGGGGGGGGAUGUGUUUUGUUGGUAGUUUUUUGUUUGUUUGUUUUUUGGGGUUUUUUUUGUUCCAUUGUUGAAAUUUCUCUGGAGGCUUUUAAUGGUUUCCAAUUAUUGCAUAUGUUCAAUUAGGAUGGUUCCUUGGGAAUCAGUUCAGCUAGAAGGGCACAAAUACCUGUAACAUACUCAAGUAAUUAUUCCUUGUGACUUACAACAUUUCAGUUUGAUACUUUUGGUAUCAGAAACUUUUGGUUUGAUGCGUAUUGUAAGGUUAAUUUUUCUGUCUAUAAGUAGCACUUUUAUAUGUAUCUGAAGGGUUUUUUUGAACAGAAAUGUGUUUUUUCUGUGUAUUAUCUAAUGGGAAGAAAGUAUAACACUACUAAACAAGGCAUAGACUAGUUUGCCUCCAGACUGUAAGUUCACUUUAGGUCAGUAAUGAUCAAGAGUUGUUCAGUGUAUUUGGAAUGAAUCAGUGAUGCCAUUUAAUACUGGACAACUCUCCUGAUCAAACCCAGAAGGGCAUUAAUUGGUACCCUCCAGCUCUUGGAUGAGGGUGCUUCCAGUUCAGGUGUGAGGCAGAACUGACAGAACAGUGUGACCAAUCUUGGACUUGGUGCAAGAACAGGAUUUAAUUGACGCCUCGGUCUGACUUCACAGCACUAUACUGGAUAAGGACUAACCUUGUUUGAAAUGACAUUGCAGCCAGUAAUGAGAUCUCCUAAAUAGCUAAUUUAAAGCUCACUUUCCAUGGGCUUUAAAGAUGAUACAAACCCCGGUGAUUCUAAAAGUUCUUCUCAUCCUUCCAGCUUUUCUGAUUUGUAUUGGUUUUACUCUUCCUUGCAACACAGCUGUUGUAUGUCAGCUUGUGUAUGGGUUUAGAAAUUCUUCUAGACAAGUGCAAGUACUUUGCUUUUUUCCAGCACCCUUUUGAAUAGUUUACACACAUCUUACACCGAGAGAGGCUUUGCAGAAACGUACAGAUGUACCCACAUGGAUAAAUGUGUGUGUGUGCAGAUGUGUACUCCUGCAGGUUCUGAGUAACGUGGAACGGGUUUCAACAAGUGCUUGCGUCUUGAAAACUUAGGCUGGUGUGGUAGUGUAGUGUAUAUAUUCAAAUGGCAAGGAGGUUAAAAAAAACCCCACAUUUUGUUUGCUUCUGGUUAGAGCUGAGAAAUACAGGUUUGAGGAAAAUUCGAGUGUUCUGAUUGUAUUUCACCCUGUUUCUGGUUUGAAAGGCAUAAGUUGGAAAUGAUUGGAACUUGAAAAGUCACCAAGCCUAUAUGUUAAGCUAAAACCUUUUGGAGGACCCAAUAUGCUUUCAGUUUGCAAGGACCACUAAAGACCUGGGCAUUUACUUUCUCCAUAAUGUAUUCUGUAUGAGUAUUUAGUAUGUAUGCCUUCAAUUUGCCGAUGUUGCCAUGUUUUCUUCUCAAUUAUUCAUGAAAUAAAGGUUGCAAAUAG